UUUCAUUUCAAUGUAGAAAAAAGUGAUUGCUCAAGCUUUUUGCUUUUUUUUUCUUCACAGUGUGGCUUUCGUUAGGGUGGUACUCUAGCUCAAAGACGAGACAAACUAUCAGAUAUCUCACGAACAUCACACGUUUUUCACCACAGUUCAGUUCAACAGAAGACCUGAGAUUGAGGCAGAAUCUCUGAAUUAAUGUGAAACAAAAGGAGGAAGUAUUAGUUUUCUGAAGAACAUUGUACAGCUUUUGUGCUGAAUUACAGGGCAAUUCAGCAGAAGACUUGAUAGUUGAUGUUUGAGAAGAUUGAAAAUGGCAAACUUCACAUUCACAUCCAGAACGAGUGGUCUUGUUGAAUACAUGUGUGAUACUAAUGUUCCCACCAUCACUGGUCCCCUUUUCAUCUUGAUCUUCAUCCUCAGUAUCAUAUGCAACAGCCUCCUCUUAUGUGUUGUUUUCAUCUACGAGAAUCUGAAAAGUAUCACAAAUAUUUUCAUCCUGAACCUGGCCUGCUCUGAUUUGAUCUUCACCAUCACACUUCCAUUCUGGGCCGCUGAUCACCUACACAACUGGGUCUUUGGGGACUUUGUCUGCAAAGUUAUCACUGUUGGAUUCGCUGUUGGUUUGUACAGCAGUGUCAUUCUGCUGACUGCUAUGACAGUGGAUCGUUUUACUACUGUUGUACUGCACAACUGGCCGAUCAGCCAUGCCAGAGUGAAGAAGUGUGCAAUCGGUGCCUGUAUAGCUGCCUGGGUCAUCAGCAUCUUAGCGUCCCUGAGUGAUGCAAUGAAAGUAAAGGUUGAAAGCUGGGAAGGUAAAAACUAUUGCGAGCCUGAAUCUGAAGACAAGCUUGGACAUUAUCUACAAGUGUCACUGCUAUUCUUCCUCCCAUUUGCCAUCAUUAUUUUCUGCUACUCUGCCAUCCUCAAGACAGUUUUGCAAGGUUUAAACAGAAGGAAGUUCAGGACUGUGGCUGUGCUGUUGUGUAUUGUUGCAGCCUUUUUCAUUUGCUGGGGGCCAUACCAUAUUAUGCUUUUAAUCAAGUCUCUCAAUACAAACAAUGAUUGUAAGGUACUGAAACGGUUAGCAGUUGCCUACCAUAUCUGUGAAAUGCUUGCCUAUUCUCACUGCUGUAUGAACCCUCUGCUAUAUAUGCUCUCGCAGAAGUUGCGAAAGCAUCUGUUGAGUCUUUUGCGCUGUGAAAAAGUGAACAGGAAGAAGAGAGAGAGAAGCACCA